UGAAAAUGGGGUUGGGUUGCGUCUUCUAAGAAUCUAAGGCCACGGGAGGAGUCAAAGGGAGAAGGCAGUAGGAAGAGAAAGAGGGGGACAGGUUUGGUGUUUACUCUAUGGCAUGUCAAUGUAGAAUUUAGACCCAUCUCUCGUCAUCUCUUCCCUCAAUGAGUUUCCUUGUUUGAACUUUCUUUCGUUUAAAUGCCUCUGAAUUUUCCAUUCUCCCAAUCCCACCAACGAACAAGUCCAAUUUGUUCUUCUCCUCGUAUUUAAAGCUUCUCUGCUUCAUAUCCCCAAAUCACAUCCCCCUUCUACACCAUUUUUCAUUCAUAGAGAGGUUGAAAGAUGGGGGACUCCUUUGAUUCGAGCUCGUUGGACGACUCCGCAGCCGUGGAACUGAGCGGCAAGAUUAUGGUGGUAGCCAUAAUAGUUCUCUUCUUCGUGGUUGUGUUUGUUCUCUUUCUGCAUCUCUACGCGAAAUGGUUCUGGUGGAGAACGGCAGACAGAGGCAGCUCCUUUGGUGGUAGCCGCCGCCGCCGCCGCCGCUUCGUCUUCGCCCCGGGCCAAGACCCGGCUCUGCCCGCCAUGCGCAGAGGCCUCGAUCCCUCCAUUCUUGGUUCCAUACCCGUACUGGUCUUCCGUCCUGAAGAGUUCAAGGACGGUCUGGAAUGUGCUGUUUGCUUGUCUGAGCUCGUCACCGGCGAGAAAGCCCGGUUGCUUCCCAAAUGCAACCAUGGGUUCCAUGUUGAAUGCAUCGACAUGUGGUUUCAAUCCCACUCCACCUGCCCUCUUUGUAGAAACCUAGUUGCGACCGUACUCUCCGACCCAACCACUCCUCAGUCGCCGGAGAGUAUUCAGUUAUCGGAUGAGAGUUCAGCUGCUGGGGACUACUCCUUAGAGUCUCCGAAUUACCCCACAAACAUCUUGUUUUGGGGAAACCAGACUCGGGUCACCUCUGCUGGAUUGUGCUUGGAAGAAGGCGCUGCUUCUUCUCAACCCCCUUGUGCCUCCCCUGGUAAUGGGCCAGAUGGGAUGUUGGUGAUUGACAUACCCAGGCAGACGGCUGAGAAUUUUUCAUCCUUGUCGCCUUCCACAGGAGGAACUUCUGAGGAAGAACUCAAAUCGCCAAUGACGACCAGACUGAGGUCAUUGAAGAGGCUUUUGAGCAGAGAGAAAAGGGUCGUUCCUUGCAGUCCCGGUUCUGUUGAUGUUGAACAAGGAGGGAGAGGACAAAGUUCAAAAUCAACUCUAGAUGUCUGAAGACAUCACCUCCCCCAUUUGCGAGCAUUGCCCCUGGGACAUGACAAUCCAGUCGAGAGCUUGAGAUUGUUAAAUAAUCAGAUCUCAGGUAGACCAGCAUUCGUUAUUUUUUGGUGGUUCUUUUUGAAGAUGAAAUGGUGAAGCUGCAGCACUUCAAAUCUCUGCAAUCUGUUGUUUAUACUAGAAUGUAUCUUAUGAAACAAAAGUAGGAUUUCUUUCAUUUGAGAGGAUGGACAAUCCAUCUGUUGUAAAGCUAUUAAUCGAACUGUUCAAAACCUCAUUCUCUAUAUAGAAUCUCUUUACAUUUGCUGCA